AAAAUUCGAGAAGAAAAAGAAGCACAAACGGCACAAAAUUGAACACUUCAGGUCUUUGCUUUUCGAAAACUCAGAAAAAUUAAACGGAAAAGGAAACGCGGCAUGUCGUGCUCCGUCGCGGUUUCGAACUCGCCGGUGUUUUCGCCGCCGUCGUCUCUGUUCUGCAACAAGUCGUCUAUGAUCUCUCCAUCCCCAGAAACCCUAACCCUAGCGACGUCGUCGUCGUCGUCGGACGCGAUGGUUUCAUGUUCAUCUCCGUCGUCGCCGUUUCGGCUUCGGAUCCCGAAGCCUCUGAGCGGGCUUUCAGCUUCGGGUCCGGGUUCUCCGGUGACGCAGUUGAAGAGGAAGAGGCCGGCGAAGCUUUAUAUUCCGGUGGUGUCAUCGCUCUUUGGAGAUGCUCCGGCGAUGGAGUCCCCUGCGGCGAGGAGAGAGGUUGUUGAGGCAGACAGAGAAGGGUACUAUUAUGUGUCUUGCAAGAGAGGAAGAAGAGAGGCUUUGGAGGAUCGAUACUCUGCUACUCUUAAUCUUCAAGGUGAUCCCAAACAGGCAAUUUUUGGUGUAUUUGAUGGGCAUGGAGGUGCAAAAGCUGCUGAGUUUGCAGCAGAGAACUUGGCAAAGAACAUUUUAAAUGAAGCUGUGAGGAGGGAUGAUGAUGAAAUCGAGGAAGCGGUCAAGCAUGGUUACCUAAAUACAGACUCUGAUUUUCUUAAAGAGGAUUUUCGUGGUGGAUCAUGCUGUGUGACUGCUGUGAUCAGGAAUGGUAACCUUGUUGUGUCUAAUGCCGGCGAUUGCCGUGCUGUCUUGAGCACAGGAGGUGCUGCUGAGGCUCUCACAUGUGAUCAUCGGCCUUCAAGGGAAGACGAGAAAGUCAGAAUUGAGAACUUGGGUGGCUUUGUUGAUUUAAGCCAUGGUGUUUGGAGAAUUAAUGGAACUCUAGCUGUAUCUAGAGGAAUUGGAGAUAGGCACCUUAAACAAUUUGUAACACCAGAACCAGAGACCACAGUGGUUAGAAUCAAACCUGAACACGAGUUCUUAAUCAUGGCUUCAGACGGAUUAUGGGAUAAGGUUAGCAACCAGGAAGCAGUGGAUGUUGUUCGUCCUUCAUGCUUAGGCAUUGAUGGGCAACCUCUGUUGGCUUGUAAAAAGCUGAUAGAACUUUCUGCAUCACGAGGCUCUUGCGAUGAUAUUAGCGUGAUGGUAGUCCCGUUGGGGCUCUACGUAUGAUUUUCAUAUUAUUAUCGUGACCCUAACACACAAGCUGAGGGGAUACAUCUGACAUGUAGAAUUUGCCCGUUGGUGACAGUAUUGUUGACUAGGAUUUGUGAUGAUGGGAGGGUGUGGUGCAUCAUAUAUCACUUGGGAGCCAGCCAGAUCUAUGCUUAGAUUAUUAGGGUAUUAAGUUAUUAACCAUUCUUGCUAGAAGAGAGAUUCAGCUUAGUCAUUGAUUUGUAUAAUUCUUGCAGCCCUAUUCUUUGAUUCUUUGUAUAACUUUACUCAGUUUGUUCAUUAAUUUAUUCUUUAUAAUAAAUUUUUGUUCUCUAGAAUUAGUUGUCUGAUAUAACAUAAGCAAUACAUAGAAUGUUACAAA